AGUAUCAUCUGGACGUCCCCAUGGCACAACAAAGGAUCUUAACGUGUUUUAUUUUAUUUUUGUUUAUUUUUUUCAGUCUUACAUCGUCGUAUAGUCAAGUGCCUGCCACUGUACAGAGGAGUUUGGAUGCCUCCUCACCUCAAACCAGCAAUGUCGGAAAUGAUGGAGUGGCCAGUCACGGCACCAAAGCCUCUAAAGGGGAAAGCACAUCACUUGCAGCUGAAAACUCACCCAAAAAUGUCCUGCAGCCAUAUGGAUGGUGGCUAUACUCGCCUCUGCACACCAAACGGAAGCUGCUACAGGCCCCUGGCUCCAUCCUGCCCUAUUCCCCCCUGAAUGUGGUGUACAAUGGCAAGAUGUGCAUCCUCUUCAGAGCUCGCAAGCUGGCCAUCAGGUACAAGAAUUCCACUCUGGUGGACCUCACAGAGAGAGCUUUUGGCCCAGAGGCACAAGUGGACACCAAAGGCUCAUUCUGCAGCAAAGACAAAGCCACUCUCAUCAUGCGCUUUGGGGAUGUGGAGGACCUAAGGGGGUUAGCUAUCAGACUGCAGAUGUCCAACACAUUUUAUGAGUCAGCUGGGCAGAACUGGUUCACACUAGAUAGCGUUCACAUCCACUACAACUGGACGCAUGAGGCCACUUUCAAUGCCUCUGAUGUCUAUGCCCCUUCAACCAAUUCAUACCACUGCCAACAUGUCAGUAGCCUACAGAAAUAUGACACCCUCCUGGUGCCAAGCUCCAAUACUGACAAUGCUGCAAACUGGCACAUCACAUUCACUGACUUUCAGAUUCAAGCAUUCAAUGUCCUCUCCAACAAGUUUGCCUCUCCCAGCGACUGUGCCACAUUUUUCACUCCAGCCAUCCUGAUGGGUCUGAUAACCUCCCUGAUUCUGCUGCUGGUCCUGGCGUAUGCACUGCACAUGGUGGUGCACCUCAAGCACAUCGACCGCUAUGAAGAGCACAAGACCACUGUCUACUUCCCCCGUAGUACAGAAGCCGAAUGCACAGAGAAAAACAACUUAUAGGAGUACAGGUUCCUCAUGUCCCCUCCAACCCACCCAAACUCCCUGAGCCCCUCUGAGAGACAGGCAGCUCUGUGAUGUCUGAGGGAUGUACCCUCAGUGGAAGCCACUGACACGACUACAUAUCAAGCUUCCUCUCCUGCACUGAAAAAGGGGGCACAGAGUUAUGGACUAUUCAUUUACAGUGCCGAGCUGUUGAAUUCCUUUGACUGGGCAGAUUCUAUUCUGACUAUUUCACAUCUUCCAGUGGAUAGAGACAGUGUUGGAAGGCAUCUGCCUCUUUCAUUUGUAAAAAAAAAAACAUCCUAAUUGAUGAAGAGGAAAGAAGGAAUGACCUAUGGCCAGCUAAUAUUACAUAAGCUUUUGGAUGAAAUUCAAAAUGAAAUUAGCACAAAAUGUAUUUAUCCUGCACUUCCAACAUCAGUAUAGCACAAUAUUUAUGAUAUGGUUAGGCUACAACCAAUUUAUUUUAAAAAGCCAUUUAUGUUUUAUAGGAGUAAAAGAAACAGGUAAGUUACUCUGUUCAAAUUGUCGUUUGUUCUGUCUAUAAGAAUGACAAUGUAUUCUUGAUGUCCAAGCAUAACUUUUUUUUUUAUUCUGAGUUAAUAAAAAGACUUUAAUUGUUAACAUAGUAGAUUACUACUUUACAAUCAGCUGUUUUGACUGUAAAAAAUGGCCUAAAAGGAGGUUUAACAAUGACUAUAUUUCCAUGCACACCAUAUUCCGGUUUUAUUCGGAAUAAUGACAAUGAGCGCGUGAGUCAUGUAAACACCUUAUUCCAGCUGCCAUAAACCGAUUAAGCUCAUAUUCUGAAUACUAAAAAACGGAAUAACACCCCUAGCAUAUGCCUCUUUUAACCGCAAUAUUGUGGCAUGUAAACACAUUAGUCGGAGAAUGCCCCUUACGAAAUAUUACAUUCCGUCUGUGCAUGUUCAUGCAAGGAAUUUUGGUAGCGUGGUUUGAUGCCCUGACAUUUGGCAAACAUAGCGAAAAGUGUGGCAAAAAGUUUGUACUUCCAGAGUGAAGAUGAGGUCAAUUUAUGUA